AUAACAAAUAAAAGAAAGCGAAAAUGAAUUCCAAAGUCAAUUCACUGGAGGAGAAAGUGAAACUGCCGCCCACGGAGACAAUAAGCCGUUGCUAUCAGCCGCAGCAGAGCAAUCGUAAGGUCAUCCGCAUCCUAACGGUAGCCGUCUAUGUGCUAUGCGUCUCACUGGCGGCCAUCAUGCUGUCACUAUAUUAUAUAUUCAUAUGGGAUCCAACCAUACGACCCUUUGUUACCAAGGCCAAUCAGUGCGACAAAAUUGUGAUACCCGAAAAAAUAGCCAUACGCCUACUAAACUCAUCGGAAGUCACCGCGGAGCAGUUCUAUAAGCACAUCCUCGAUCAGUACCGCAUCCUGAACCAUCUACAACAGCAGCGACAGCAGUUCCUGCAGAAGCAACACCUACAGCUGCAGCAACUGGAAGCCAGCAAUCGUUUCCAGGAGGUAUUUGCCACUGCCACCAUUAUACAGGCACAUCCGCAUCCACAUUCGCGGGAUCCGCUCAAGAAAUCCCUUGGGCCAACGUCCAGCAACAGCAACAACAACAACAACAGCGAUUCUGGGGCAUUCCGUCUGGAAUCACCCUUGGCGCCAUCGAACAUAAUGGACGUGGCCUCCGAAUCAUCGGCCCAUCACAUGCCCAUAGUGCUGGAUACAUCGCCACCAGCGGACAUGGGCGGCAUGACGCACCUGAAGCGCAAGUCCCACCGUGGUCACUACAAGCAUCAUCGAGCGCGAGGCGGAGGCAGCCUAAAGAAGGCAAGUUCAUCUGGAGGUGCUGAGAGCACUACACCCGCGUCCGCAUUUGCCUUGGGGGAUCAGCCAACGGCAGCGGCACCACACGGCUAUAUGGACACGCCUCUAAACCCGGCGGCAGGUACCAUCUUGCAACAGCCGUUGCAGCUGUACACCUCGAUGCCCAUACCUCUCAUACUGAGUCCCAGCAAUAACGAGAAGCGUCCGGGUCACCAUAGCCACAGUCAUGUGCAUGGCGAGAGGCGUGGUGGCGGUGGCGGUGGUGCACAAGCGCGUCGACGCACCACCACGGCCACAGUGUCCGGCUACGAUGCACGAACAUACCUCAAUCCGUUCCUCACCGGCGAGUUAAUCUUUGAGAAGUAAACAUCCUCGUUUUUUUACAAGAAAACAAACCUUAAAUAAUUGGCCAAAGAUUUGCAUGUACAGUAGGUACAAUAAUUUGAGACAUCUGGCAAUCCGGAGCCAGAUGAGGGAAUUGGUUAAGGAACUCAGACUCGGACUCUGUCAUAUCACACAGACAUAGCCACAAACAUACAUGUAUAUGCCACUUCAGUACUUAAUACUAUCCAAAAAAUAUAAGGACACUCGCACGACACGACGAAAGCAUCAGAUAUCAGAUAUCAGUUAUCAUCUCAGAUACAAACAUAUAUCAAAAACGAAUUCCACUAGCUGAGUGAUUCAUUCAUUCAAUGAGUCGACAACUCUUCUCAUUAUAUUUUCUUUUUUUUCGUUUCGAAAGAUGAAAAUGUUAUGCAGUGGAAUGAUCGUAAGCUCGAUCUACCCUAACGAUACAAUCUAUAGGGUAUCAUUUAGAAACGAAAUGAGAAUUGUACUCGAAGAAUCUAUAUCUCUGAUAUACACCUAGUAGGUACAAUAAAUAUUCGAUGCAAUACAAUACACACACACCACAACACCUUCAAUACAUGUGUUACCAAUAUAUCAGAUACUAUAUAGAGGGGCAUUACAUACAUAGAUACAUGCAUAAACUUGUAGACCUACAGAUAAGACACACACACACACCAAUACAAACCUAAUGGGCAGAGGCACGGCAAGCGCAUUACUAAUUAUUAGAUAAAUACCAUUGCAUACGAUAGUUAAACGAUAGCUAGGUACUUGUAUACAUUUGUACCUAUACGGGACCCACUCCAAUAGAGCGUCACUCACUGCGGCAAGCAACAACACCCCACCUAGGACACUGCUUUAAGGCAGCUAGCGAAUGCUACACCAACUAUAAUACAAUAAAUAAUUAGUUAACUUUAGUAUAUCCAAUAAUACACAAUAAUAAUUGCAGCCAAAAAAAAAAAAACUCACACAACUUCACGGCAUCAGCAUCAGCAUCAGCAUAAAAAAUAUUUUGAGAGCGGGUUCAGCUUAAAAACUGCAUAACAUACUAUAUAGUACAUACGUACUAAUAUGUACACAAUUAUAUAUUUACAUAUAUACGAGUAUAAAUUAUUGUUAGAUUGAUCAGAUUGAGUAUAUAUCAGUUACAUGGUAUUUUGUACAUACAUAAGCGAAGUGCACGGCACUCGACAACUAUAUAGAAAUAUAUACUACGUAUUCACGUAUCCGACUUAGUUGAAUUUUUUUCAAUAUUUGAAUACAAUAAAUAAAUGUGAUUAAAACAAUAUUAAUAUACGAUUAUGAAUGAAUCGAAAAUCGGUUAAAUUUAAAUAGAUUUUUAAAGUGUUCAAAAUAAUGUUUGUAUAGAAAUUUUUGUGACACGACAAACGUAAAAAAAUAAUACUAAAUAAUCAUCAGAUGACAUUUCAAAUAUUAACGAUAUAUUGUUUUGUGUUUUAUUAGUCUCAAUGUCAUCAAAUGUGGAUACAAAUUUGAAAAUGCUUUAAUUUUAACGUACUUUCAGGUUGUUUUAAGCGUUUAUUGGUUAAUAUCUGUUAAAUGCACGAAAAUUUUGAGCGUGACACGACACGCAUGCAUCUCAAAUGUGCUUUAAUCUUUAUUUUUGUCGUAUGUUUAGAGAAAGUACUUGAGAAUUCUGCAAUUGUCGUGAUUUUAGUUUAAUUAUUAUUUUUUUUAUUGCAUGGCAAUUGCAUGCACAUUUCUGUACGCUCAGCGAAAAUAGCGAUAAAACAGAACUUGAUUAUAUAACUAUACUAGAUAUAUAUAUACAUACAUAUACAUAUAUGAAUAUAUACCCAACAUACUGCUGUGGCACACCACUCAUUGCAUAAUGGAACUGCAACCGCAUGUGCAUUCUCAAAAUAAAAUUAAAUAAAAUAAAAUAGAGAAAUGAAAUGUAUCUCAACUACACUCCACACAUUUUACACUUGACAAUUGAAUAAACGAAUUAUAAUGGCAGAUAUAUCAAUAUGUACCACUUAACUAUGUAUGUAUGUAUAUGGCUUUAUGACAUAGAAUUGAAUCCUGUAUCUGUACUUGAUGGACAUAUGCAUAUAACAUAUACAUGAAUACCGUGUACUUAGAAAAUAAUAAACUGAAGUCAUUUCGGCAACACAAUAAUAAAGCGUAGAACAUAGUAAACAAACAAAAAUUUU